AUGCAACCGCCACGUCAGCAUUCGCGGGUCAACCUCGCCGAGCUGAAAGCUCAGAUAGCCAAAAAAGUAGGGCCCGACGGCUCAAAGCAAUACUUCUAUUACCUGAACAGAUUCUUGAGUUUAAAACUGAAUAAAUCCGAUUUCGACAAUCUCUGUCUUAAAAUCCUUGGACGGGAGAAUAUUCCUCUUCACAAUCACCUCAUUCGCUCGAUACUAAUAAAUGCUAGCACCUCAAAAACCCCACCACCAGCAAAAUCCGCGAUUCACACUGGCAGUAAAGAUAGCGAUAAUAAUCACAUUCCAAACGGGCCCCACCAUGCGAAUACAGCUCAGCAGCCCUCAAGUUUCGCAAAUGGAGUUGACAUUCUUCUGCCGAUUUCACCCAAGAAGGCCCGAACGGGCUUACGUGACCGUAAAAGUGGGGACCGCAAAAGCAAAAGCACACUCGGGUUAAACGGUAAAACUAAUUUUACUCCUCAGCCACCGCCAAACGAUUUUAAUGCAGUGCCCGAAAAUUCGUCAGUCUUGAGAAGGUGUACGGGCGAAAAUAGAAGCUUAAAUUCGGAAAAAGAGAAGGAGCCUUCUUCUUUGCCCAUGAGUCCUAUCCGGGCCCCACUUGGGGUUCCGUUUUGUUAUAAGGGCAGCAGUGGUGGAUAUAAGGGCUCGUUUUUCAGUGAUGGCGUUUUGUGGGAUAGCGUGAGUUUGAGGGAACGUAUGGAGCAUAUUGCUUUGGGAAAGGGUCUUGAAGGAGUUUCUUUAGAUUCGGCCGACUUAUUGAACCGCGGUUUGGAUUCUUACAUGAAGCGGUUGAUUAGUUCGUGCAUCGAGCUCGUGGGCUCCAGGAAAGGAAAUGAGGUGAGUAAGAGUAGUAGUAGUGUGAAUAAGCAAUAUGGUUAUUCAAAGCCAGUUAAUGGAGUUAGGCCAGGGUAUAAAAAUCUGGUGCAGAGUAGUGGGAAGCUUCCGGAAGUUCAUGAACAAAUAAAUUAUUGUCCAAUUUCUUUACGGGACUUUAGGGUUGCUAUGGAGAUGAAUCCACGGAAUCUAGGCGAGGAUUGGCCAUUAUUGAUGGAGAAAAUAUGUGUAAAGGCAUUCGAAGAAUAA